GUGGCCAGGACCAAGGGGGUACAGCACUGCUGCCCCACUUGGGCCCAGGGCGGCAUGCAGGGUGGGAUGGGCUGUGUGGGACCAGCGGGAUCUGUUCGGUGGGAUUGGGGCUGGGGCUGGGGCAGUCAGGAUGAGGAUGGGGAUGUCCUGCCCCAAAACACAGUGAAGGGCAGAGCACGGGGUGGGCACUACCCAGGGUCAGCCCUGACGCCUGGUGCAAGGCAGGAGUGCGUGGCUCUGGGUGCUGAGCUCGGGGCAGAGCUGCUGGGGAUGCUGCUGCUCCGCUGGGCCCCAGGGCACUGAGAUCACCGCAGCCACAGCACUGCAGUCCUGUCCUCAGCCUUCGGGUACAAUGGCCCCAUGUUCCCGUACUCAUGCAGGGAGGUUCCCUGCUGGCAGGGGAUGUGGUUCCCAGGAAAGAUGAGAGAUGAGGGGGCUGAUGGCGGGACCAAGAGCGCCAAGGCUGCCACGCCAGUGCCAGCGCCCGCCCGGCCCCGCCUGUGCAAACGUGGGGUUAUCAGGCAGCUGGCACGGUGAACAUCGAGCCGGGAGAGGCCUCGUGGCGUAAACAGGAGAGUGAGAGCUGCCCCGGCUCCUGCGUGUUUGCUCAGCCUGGGGGCUGCCCGGGGGGCCAGGCUGCUGCAGCUCCAGCCCCACGUGGCUCAGAGCAGCGGGAUGCUGGUGGCACACCGGCUGUGUCCCCAUGCUACCAUCCCGCCCAAGGGAAGCGACUCGAGCUUUACCCCAGGUUGGCUGAGCCAACCGCAGAGCCAGGGCACGGGGCUGGAGUACAGAAGCUGUAACUCCACCUCUUGUUGGGGUUCUUGUGGCUGCAGGAAGGCAGGCGGUGCCCGGAGGAAGGGCCAGCAGGAUCUCACUUUGCACUCCGGGCACCUCCAGGUGAACGCGGAGCCCACGCAGCCCCAGGAAGAGCUCAGUGUUUCGUUGGAUGCUGACAGCGCCCGGGCGAUGGACAGGGUCACCCGGCACCUGGUCUUCCAGUUCCCGCACACGCGCGAUCAGAACGAUGCCUACCAAGGCGACGCGGACGGAGACGAUGAUAUAUUUGGCCCCUCUCCAUACAGCAGCCAGAAGGAGAAUGGCUACGAGAUGAAAACCAGGCUGAAGUCGCCCUCGUAUUUCCUGGAGAGUGGGAAGGAUGCGUGGAACCCGUCCCCGGACAGGGAGUCCCAGCUGGAGGUGGUGCGGUCGGGGAGCCUGUACGACAUCAGGGCUUACAGGAACGAGAGGAAGCCCUCCAAGCUGUACGAGGACGACGAGCCGGACCCGUAUAGGCUGCAACCCCCAAACAUCUCCCCCGAAAAAGCAAAGGAGCUUGAGGACAAGAGGAGGGAGGUGAUCCGGGGCCAGGUGGUGCGGAAGAGCUCCACCAUGGCCGAGAAGUGGAGCUCCAUGGAUGAGCUGAGCUCCAUCGCCGCAGGCGGGCAGGGCCACGGCGUCCCCGGCACCUUCGCCAUCUGCUUUGACAAACCCUCCCCGGGCCGGGCUGUGACACCCGUGGACCCAGAGAGCAUCGACCGGGAGCAGAUCAACUUCUCGGCCGCGCGGCAGCAGUUCCUCAUGCUGGAGAAGAGCAGCCCCGGAGCUCUGUUCAGCCCAGGGUACGCCACGUCCCCGAGGCCGGAGGUGACGGUCAGAACCACCAGGCAGGAGUGGCACGGUCCUGACACCGUCACCAGGGCUGAGAAAGGCCACGGUGAUGCCACGGGGCCCGGGCAGGGCGGGAUGGAGAGGAGCAUCUACACGGUGUACAGCGUGCAGCACCAGGCCACGGGGAAGGAGGAGGGCUAUGGCCGCGGGAAGGGUGACACCAACACGUCACAUCCCACGGGGAGAGCGCCCGGCCUGGCCAGAGCAUCGUCCAGGGACGACCUGGACUCGGGGCUGGGGGAGGCGUACAGCGGGGGCAGCGUCGGAUACAGCAGCAACGGCAGCGAUGUCCCCAACGGGCUCGGGGACGCGAGGGACGGCGGGGGCUCGGCUGAGGGCAGCGGGGAGACCCCCAUCGAGAGGGAGAUCCGCCGGGCGCUGGAGAGGGAGGAGAGCCUGUGGAAGGAGCGGGGCAUGCGGAGGCUCACGUCCAGCAGCGAGCUGGUGGAGAUCCAGACCAAACCGCUGCUGUCCCUGCACGCGGCCCCAGCGCAGGGCAGGAAAGGGAAGGACAAAGGCCGCGCAUCCUUUAACGUCCAGCGGGAAAUAGAAAAGGAAACGAAGCGCGAGGAAGACCUGAGGAGGCAGGGCAGGCUGCCGGGGCUGUACGACAGGGGCACGCCGCAGGAGCUGGGCGAGCUCCGGAGGGUGUUCGAGCAGGAGGAGCACUCCCCGCAGCAGCAGCAGCAGCAGCAGCAGCCGCCCUCCUCCAGCCGGCGGGCGGCCGAGCGGCCCCGGAGCCCCGGCGACGGCCUCGCCGACGGCGCCCGCACCGGGAGGGCCCUCUCCAGCCCCGGGGUGACCCCACCGCACCCACGGGGCCGGGAUGAGCCCCCGCCGCUCGAACGCGCUUCCGCCGGCACGCGGGCGAGGGAGGAUUCCUCGGGAGGAAGGCCGCACGGCCCCACCCCGAGCCCCGUCCUGCGCAGGGAGCACUUCGCCCUCAGCUUCUGGCAGCCCCGCGUCUCCGUCGCCGACGGCAUGGGCACGCGGAGCCCGGCGGGGCGGGAGCUGAGCCCCGACGGGGAGCGAGGCCGGGACGAGCAGUACACGCUGCGCACGUGGAGGCCGCAGCGGUCGGCGCUGAUCGAGGAGGAGAUCCGCAGCGACCUGCAGCGCGAGGAGGAGCUGCAGGAACAGCGGCGGCGGCGGCUGAUGGACGGCGGAGACGGCCCCUCCAGGGAGAGCUCCCGCUCGCGGCACAGCUCGGCGGCCUCGGGUGCCAGCGGCAGUUACUCGGUGUCCGGUUCCCCGGUCCCGGCCCCGCAGCAGCCGGGCGUCCUGGGCCUGGUGGCAUCCUUCACCCCGCUGCGGCUGGGCUGCGUGGAGAGCCUCGGCCCCGAUCCGGUGCGCUGCAGCCCGUCGGAGGAGAGGAGGAGGAGGACGAAGGAGGAGGGCAAGUACGCGGGCAUCGAACCCAUUGACAGAAUCAACACGGAGUGUUCUGUUUCCGCAGGUGGUGGAGAGCACGCGGGUGGUGCGGCACCAGAGCGCUAUGGGGCAGCGCUGGGAGAGCGGGCGCCUGAGCACAGACAGCGACUGAGGGGGGGGGGAAGGGGGGGCAGGGGACUCUGUACAGUGCUGAUCUCAGCAGCUGAUCCGAUCAAUGAAACGCCCGGGUUCGCUAUCACCUUUUCCCGUGGAGGUGAAGCAACACUUGGGUUUUAUUUAAAGGGGGGAGGGAAUGCGAUCACUUUGUUUUAAUUACUUCUGCAAGGAGACGGGCAGAUGGAGAGAAAUCAUGCGGUGAUUGAACGUCCUUUUCAUGGCAAGCUGUGCUGCUGGCUUACAAAAAAAAAAAGCAGCCUUUGAUUUUUGGAGUGGUUUUAAGUUUUUCAGGCAGCAGCCAGGGGCUGAGGCGCAGCGCUGAGGGGAAAUCGAGGCUUCUGAUUACGGCAGCGAUCUGCUGAGGCACAGGGAUAUCCGAUGCGUUAAUGCUGUUUAUAUUGCUAAUUUAUUAAAGUCAUCGCUCUCCCUCGGC